AGAUUGAUGAUAUACUCUCUGAAGGCAUGGCAUUUAAUGCAUUUGGUUUACCCACUGAGUGACUUUCCCUAUCCCCACUCCAUCUUCUUCUCCGCUUUCUUUGUCAAUCUCUGGGCCUUGCCAGCUCUCUAUGAUUUACUCUCCCUCAAUACUUAUAUACAUAGAUAGAUAUUUUCCAUUGUAGCAAAGCCAAUUAUAUAUUCAUCCCCAAUACAAUUAAGCACUUGUGUGUCGGUGCUAGGUAGCUCUGAUGCUGCGGCUGGAAUUGGAUGGCUCCUCUCCUUGUCCAUCUUACCAUGGUGCUCAGCUGCCCUGGGAUCAUGUGCUCAAUAUGUCUCCCAGACCUUCCCACCAUGAUAUCCAUGCGGAGAGAGCACCAGUUGAUCACUCUCAUACUUGCUCUCUUUCAAAUCAAACUCCAAAAUUCGAGGUACAUUGCUUCUUCCAUGGGAUUGAUGAAAGAAAUUGCUAUUCUCGAAAUUGAAAUAAUGCGUUUGGAGCGAUAUCUACUCUCCCUUUACCGGACAGCUUUUCAGCAGAAUCUCCCAGCUUUGUUGGAAAAUCAGAAAAGCCAUUUACAGGGCAAGAUAAGCUCCCCUACCCAGUCUACAACUGACCAAUCAUAUUCCAAUGUAGAACUAGAUAUGUCAAAAUGUGGUGCGAACCAAUAUGACCGAACCUCCACUACAUAUGUUUUUGCUGGUUCAAGUGAUCAGAUUCAGACUGCCAAGAAGUCAUCAUCCAUAAGGGAAAAGUUUGCUGAUUCUGGCCACCGUAGCCUUGCGGAUCAUCUCACGGCCUCUCGCAUGGAUGACGUUCUUAGUUAUCCUGAUAGGCUGUCUGAAGAAAUAGUGAGAUGCAUAUCUUGUAUAUACUGCAAAUUUGCCAACCCCGAAAUUCUUGCUCAAAAGGGAUUAUCAGUUUCUUCUACUUCGUCGUUAUCAUCAUCAAGCACAUUUUCUCCGAGAAAUCUUUCAGGCAGCUGGAGCUCACAUCACAAUGAGGAGAGCACUGAGCAAUAUGAAUUUGACGUCUGUAAAGAUGACAGCAGGCCAUAUUCUACAAUGAUAGAAAUUUUGAAGAUAUGUCUAGAUGACGAUAGUUUCAAUUAUGCCACUGCAAUGCUUCAUAAGUUCAGGUCACUGGUUAAGAGCCUUGAAAAGGUUGACCCAAGAAACAUGAAGCGUGAAGAAAAGCUAACAUUUUGGAUUAAUAUUCACAAUGCCCUGGUGAUGCAUGCUUAUUUAGCCUAUGGAACUCAAAAUUCUGUCAGAAGUUCUUCAAUCUUGAAGGCAGCUUAUAAUGUGGGUGGCCACUGCGUAAAUGCUUAUGUCAUACAGAGCUCCAUAUUAGGGAUACGACCACACUAUUCUGCACCGUGGCUACAGACGCUCUUUUCUCCAGGAAAAAAGCUUGCGACGGGAAAUUCCAGACAUGCGUAUGCCAUUGAGUACCCUGAGCCACUUGUUCACUUUGCACUGUGUUUGGGUGCAUCUUCUGAUCCUGUGAUCCAGGUUUACACGGCGAAGAAUGUAUUUCAGGAUCUUAAAGCAGCGAAAGAGGAGUUUAUAAGAGCUACAGUUUGCAUUAACAAGGACAAAAAGAUUUAUCUUCCUAAAAUCAUAUGCUAUUUUGCAAAAGAUAUGUCCCUGAGCACGGAUGGACUACUUGAAACUGUCAUGGAAUCUCUACCGGAAACUCAAAUGAAACUAGUCAGAUCCUGCAUGAAGGACAGAGCCGAUAAGUUGAUUUAUUGGUUACCACAAAGUUGGACAUUUAGAUAUUUGAUCCAGAAACAAGUAAUCCAAGGAAGGUUAUCCAUUUAACUGUCAAUAUUAGCUUAGUACUCAUUUCUCUCCUUUAAUUGAUAAGGCUUGUAAGCAUUAUUAUUAUUCUGUUGGGAUGCUCAGUAAGUUAUAUGGAAGAGGUGGUUGUAUCGUACUAUAUGACGAGUCGAAAAUUGUAAGUAAAUUAAAGUUUGUCUGCUUGCAUUUUUUUGUUUUCACGGUGAAACACAACCUGCACCAAUCUAUGAAACUAUUGUUUGGAUGA